UGACCUUUCCCCCGGAAGUGCCUGUGCUCUGCAGCGCCUUCUCUCUCUGCUGCUGUUGCGGGAUCUUCAGUCUGAACCGAACCGUGGUUUCUUCACUCAGACGCGGGAUGAAGCGCGACGAUGUUCCGGACGAAGCCACAGAACUCUGCAAUGUCCAGAUCAAGAUGGAGCCAGACGAGGAUGUGGAGAUCCAGUCAUUUCCUGUCCUCAAGAAGCUGUGUAUCAGACUGACAGACUGCAGGGCGUGGCUGGAGGGGCGGGACUUCCUGUCUCUGGAUGACCACCAUCAGCUCUGUAGCUACAGACCGAGGCAAAACUUCUUGACCAACGCUGGCAGGAAGAUGCUCUACUGCUCCCAGUGUACCAAAGGUUUUUAUAAGGAGUCUCACCUGGAGGCGCAUCAGCGUAUUCACAACGGACUCAAACCCAACGAGUGCUGGCAGUGUGGGAAGAUCUACCCGACCCUGAUGAGCCUCGUCACCCACCAACAGAUCCAUGACCGCGAUGAGCCCUACCAGUGCUCAUACUGCGACAAGUCCUUCGCGCUAAAGAGGGACUGGAAGACCCACCACAGGAUGCACUCCGGGACCAAACCAUUCAAGUGCUGGUUCUGCGGCGACGGAUUUAACGAGCAGGAAGAGCUCAAUGAUCACCUGGAGCUGCACAAAGGGGAGAAGUGCUACCACUGCCAAGUCUGCGACAAGAUGUUCGUCUCCUACCAGGGUUUCAGUUUCCAUUGCAAAUCGCACAAGAGCAAAAAGCCGCUGCCCUGCUCCAAGUGCCUGAAGACCUUCAGCAACCCUCAGAGUCUGAAGCUCCACCAGGUGACACACUCCAACAGGAAGCCAUAUAAGUGCUCCACCUGUGGCAAAGGCUUUAAACUGCAGGGUGGCCUGCACUCCCACCAGAGAACCCAUGAGAACCUGAAGGCCUACCACUGCACAGAGUGUGGAAAGUGUUUCUCCAGCCUGCAGGGUUUAAAACUGCAUGACCGCACCCACACCGGACUGAAGCCUUACAAGUGCACUGAAUGUGGAAAGAAUUUCACCCAAGCCCCCCACCUCAAAGCUCACAUGGUCACCCACACUGGAGAGCGGCCAUUCCUCUGCACCACCUGUGGCAAGAGGUUCACGCAGUCAUCGCACCUGAAAUCCCAUAUCACUCUCUUCCACGUGGGCGAGAAGCCGUUCACCUGCGACGACUGCGGCAAGAGCUUCACCAUCGCCCACUACCUGAAGAUGCACCGGCUGAGCCACACCAAAGAGAAGCUGUACCAGUGCUCGUACUGCGAGAAGUCCUUCUCCUACCACAACUCGUGGAGAGCCCACGAGAGGAUCCACACUGGUGAAAGGCCUUUCAGCUGCCAGGACUGUGGCCAGAGCUUCAUCACAUCAGGUUCACUGCUGAGCCACCAGAGAUCCAAACACACCAGGGAGAAGAACCACUACUGCUUCACCUGCGGCGAGUUCUUCUUCACCAGCUCGCUGCUGCGCACCCACCAGCUCGACCACACGGGCGAGCGGCCGCACAUCUGCAGCUGCGGCAAGACUUUCAAAACCAAAGGGGUUCUGCGUCACCACCUGAGGAGAUUCACCAAGCACCGUCCAGCUUAGGGAGCACUGUGACAAAGGUGCAUAAAGAUGUAGAAGUGGACGUUAGUCCGCAGGUGGAGCUGUCGCACAAGGUCAAGGCUCAGUUUACGACCUGAACUCUCACCUGAGACCAGAACUGAGACCAGAACUCUCUCUGAGUUCAGCUGCUGCGAUGAUGUAACACACACACACACACACACACACACACACACACAGAUGAUGAUGAUGAUGUUUAUCAUUAACGUUUAUUCAAAGUCUACAAAUGGACUCUUGCCUUUGAUUGGCAGGUGAUUGAGGGGGCGGGGUGAAGUUGUUCCUCAUGUCUACACACAGUGAAAAUCAUGAGUAAUUUCUGUUAAUAAGUUCACAAAGUAACAUCAGAGUCAGAAAUAGAAUGUCUAUUUUUAUAUUUGACUCUUUUUCUUGUGAAGGAAUCAUGAGAGGAAAUCUAUGAUCACAUGAAUCCUGUGUCUGCAUUAAAGUUGAAUCAGUUAUGAUUAAAGUUUGAAGCCUGUCAACGGAAAUGAAGGACAAAUAUAAGAUGGACAGACGGACUGGUGUCCUCAAUAAGUCACAGACGGACACAUGAUCGUUUCCUGCGCGAGCGGAACCAGCUGCUUCUAAUGCUACCACCUGUGGUACCAGCUGAGUGUUCGGGUCACUCAGGACUCGGACCCUGUUGUUCUGGACUGGUUGAGGUCUCUCUCAUAGUUAUUUUUUUAAUUAAAACUAGAAGUUAUAAACUUGUAUAAACACUUGUCUCUUGUCUUCAGUGCGUCUGUGGUCCAGGAACCUGUGACCAGGAUCUGGACUCAUGUGGUUCAGAACCUGUGACCAGGAUCUGGACUCAUGUGGUCCAGGAACCUGUGACCAGGAUCUGGACUCAUGUGGUCCAGGAACCUGUGAAAACAUUUUUGAAUAAAGAAUAAAAGUCCACGCAGAUAAAGA